UUAUAUAUUGUUCGUUAAAUUUAGAACAUUAUUUUUUUCGAAUAAAAGAUCCCAAAUCAAUAAUUUGUAGUUUAAUGCUUGGAGAAUAUCUCUUUGAAAAAAUAGCUUUUUAUCCAGAGCAGAAUCAAGCACAAACUUAUUCAAUUGGUUAAAAGUCAAAUCGAAAUGAAACUCAUUAUCAUACUUUGCAUUUUUCCUAUCAUUGUUGCUAAAGAGCAUAAAGAAAAAAGAUCAUUAUUGAGCACAAACUUGCAAGAUUUAAAAUGGGUGUUGUUAAGAAAAAAUGCGUGCUUUUCUGGCGCGAGUGAUCUUCCUGCAAUUGUACCCAUCUGGCAAGAUGGAUUUUUAGUAGCAACUAAAUUAGUUCAUGUAAGUGGAAUUAUCAAAUGCUCGGGAUCAGCUCAAGGAAGUAAUUUUGGUUGCUACGAUGAUCACACUAAAUUAAAUGUCUUCGUUUGUGAUGACAAAAGACAAGUUAUCUUUCCAUCUCCAAGUCAAGUAAUCACUUAUGAUUAUUAUAAAAAUUAUCAGUAUCCUGGUUUCAUGGCUACUGACAAGGAAAUCAUUUUUUCUAACUUUCCUUACCCUGUUUUUGUGAACAAUGGAGAACAGAUAACAAUUUGGAACGGAGAAGAUCUUUUUAAUGUUGCUGAUACGGAUAAUUCUGGCCGCGUUUGUGUUGAUGUAUACGGUUUAAUUGGCUCUUCUUAAAAGAAACUUAUAAAAACAUUAAUAUAUAUCUAUCGAUGAAUAAUUGCAUUUUUAAAUAAAAAAUUUCAAAUUUUCUUAGAUUAAACUAGUAUUUUUGAUUUAAUUUUAUUGUUUUAUAGUACUUUAUACAAAUAAAAAGUACCAAUUUGUGGAACUAUCUUACAAAAAUGUU